GUUACUAACCAACACUACUGACUGGGCACAUGAGAAAACACAAGAAAACUCGUUAAUUUCAAAGCUAAUAGCGAGCAAAGUGUGGUUUAACAAGGACAACCUUGUGUUCCCUCUGCAGUGGUAAUCAAACUCAACACUGAUUCCAAUGAUCUCUUUGGAGGAUCACCGACCCGCUCCACAAUAUGGGAUAGGGUUAUGUGAGCAGCACUGUCUGCAGCCACACCAUGGACAACGAGGAGAGUAAGAAGUGCCAAGGAGAGAAGCUAUCGUCUACUGUGGACGACACCCUGGAUGAAUAUUUAAUCGCCCUCCAGCACAAAAACAGGAUCCUAAAGCGCCUCAAAGUCAAAGACACCAGGGAGAUUGAGUUGGAACAGCUUGAGCAAGGUUUUUCCAUUUAUCUUAACGGAGCCAAUGCUGAAGACAAUAGGAAGCAACCCAAGAGCUCCUCCUCACCUGCUUGGAGACCCGCACGUACAGCAGAUGUCUGUCGAAGCGCCCGCCAGUUAACUGAAGACAGCCGUAAUCUGGAGCAGACCCAUAGGAGCCACACUGCCCCAGAAAAAGUCCAGAGGAAAGAAUGGGUGCAGGCUUCUGUCAGAAUUCGAACCAAGGAAGGACCAAGUUUGCAGAUCUAUCCAGAAAAGUGCUACUCUGAGGAUUUUGAGCUAUAUGAAAGCGUAGAUAUGAAGAGCUCCAGUCCACGCUCGCCUCGUAGUCUCUGUGCCCCAAGGGACACCUGCAAGGUGUCGCACUCCUUCAGCUCCAGGCAUGAGAGCCAAGGAGGCAAAGCAAAUCAGGAGCACAAUGAGAAGGUACUUCUCAACCUUGAGGAAGUGAAGGUUCUGCGUCAGAGCCUGGAGGUUAGCAUGCGGCGAAGCAGCCGUGGCUCCGCGGGGGAGGAGUCCGACGAGGAAUGGGUGGAGGAGCAGAUUGAGAGGGAGGAGAGCACUGAGAGUCUUGAUGAACUGGGGCUGCCUCUCUCAUCCUCCAAGUCCUCCUCCAACCCUCAGCCUAGUGGCUCCCAUAGCCAUUUUGACUCAGCAAACCUCAUUGUGCUGGACUUUGGACCCUCAACUAAAGGUCGUAAGAUUGAACGCUCUCUGUCUGCAAAAAGGAAAGAACACACUGACACCUUUAUACCCACCAAGCCUAUGUUGGUGAAGAGCAACACAUUAGAUAUGACACCUUCCAAAGAAAGCUGGGAUGGUCAGAGGCCAAGGAGUCGGGUGGAGAGGCUCCUCUCGGCAGCCAGAAAGCCUUCCGUUGAGGAGCCAGACCCAGAGGAGAUGGUACGCAGGGUGCGCGAGGCCAUCCAGAGAGAAAACCACCUUGUGCAGAGUCCUGAGCUCUUCAACCGCAACAUGGGCAGGGGACACCAGAUGAUGAAUGGCUUAGUGAACCUCAACAGCCACAACGAGGAUGAGAGCAAUGUCACUGUGGCCAUGCAGAGAAUUACGCUUAUGGGCCCCGGGCAACAACAGAAACUGCUGAAAGCCUUGGAGAAACUUGAAGUAGGACCCAACUACAACAUACCUCAGAGUGUCAAAACAGACUAUAGCAAGCAGCCGAGAAAGAUGUCCUCGGCUGAGGUCACCCCCGCAUUAUAUGUUACCAUGGAGAUCCUGUCAAACUGGGGGAACGCUUUGCAGGUUGGGCUGACGGAGUUGCAGUUCUUCUGCCUCAGAAACAAGAAGCUGUAUGUGUCUCCUCACGACCUAGACAUCAGAAACGCUGACUACCCCGGGAAUCUGGGGGCACUUGUCAAUGGAAAGGUGAAGACCACCAAAGAGCGUCACAUGUGGACGUGUCCACUCCACCCCCCCAUCCAACUCUACUUCAUCAUUAGGAACACCGAGCGCUCCCCAGACUUCGGAAUGUCUCGCAUAAAAAUCUGGAACUACAACAGAAGCCUCAAUGAUCUUGACAUUGGUGCACGGCAUAUAAAGCUGUACCUUAACAGCACAUUGGUGUUUGAAGGUGAGCUGGAGAAGGGCUGUGGCAACCAGGUCUUUGACUACAGCACCACAAUUGAUCUCCAGGAUUUCCAGGUUUCAGACUCCUUGUUUUCUAGCCCUGUGUCUUCAGGACACAAUCUACGGGGGACCAGCCCCCAGCACCAUGACAGGAAGGGUGGGGAGGGCAGCAGCACUCAGCACCACCACAGUUGGAAUCAGCAGCCAUCAUACGCAGGCCAGGCUAUGAUGGACAUGCAGGAGAAACCACAUACACUGCUACCACGCAUCACUCCUUCACCAGUGGUGGUUUCAUCCUCUGCUCGUCGCUCCUCCACCCAGAGAAAUUCUUUUGACAUGUCUGUCUCAGAGGAGCCUCUUUCUCUCAGGCAGCAGGUCGAGCAGCCUGCGCCCAUGGAGCAGACGGUCACCACCCAGCCGUCAUCCUCACGGGUGGCCCCACAGUGGCUGCAGCCCCUGAACAGAGGAGCUCCUGAGGGAUGCGAGACCAGCAGGGAGAGGCCCCGAUGGCUGGUGCCUCAGCACUCUGCAGAGCCCAAAUCUCCCUCAGCCUCGUCAUCUUCAAUGCUCCCGGAGCUGCCGUGUAACCCUGGCCGAGUAUGUAGGGUAAUCGAGGGGGCUGCAAAUGGGGGUCAGUGGAAGGCUGACUCUUUGGAUCUAAGCUGCGACCUGCUGGAGGAGCUCGCAGAACAAAAGCCAGACAGGCCAAUUAGCGGCCGCAGGAGCUCAUUUCGAAACAGUGCAGUCACUGCUAGGCAGACAGAGGAGCAGCAUCAUAAAGCUACUGCACUGUCAAACACAGAGGAGCCAAUGUCAUUGAUGAACGCGAGCAGGAGGCAGUACACCUCUCUGGCCCAGCUGCACAGCCAACAGGAUGACACCCUCAUGGAGUCCUGGGACUCUCUUACUAAAUUCAACCAAUUCCAACGUGGACGCAUCUCCAACAUGGGCUUCGAAGGUGACAUCUUUGAUGAGUUCCUCCAGCGCAAGGGCCGUGGUCCACCUACAGUCCCAGUCAACCUCUCCACAGCACCCAGGAACCCACAUUUGCCCUUCACCGCUCAGGGGGCAUUGUGUGAAGCCCUUGAUAAUGAACAAUCCACGGAGCGGGAGGAAGAGUUUGAGAUCCCUGUGCUGCCGCAAGGCCAAAGGCUGGUCCUCAACAUCCUGUCCACCUGGGGCGAUCGCCACUACGUAGGCCUCAACAGCCUCGAGGUGUUCAGUUCCAGUGGAGUGCCCCUACGACCUGCUCACAUCCGUGCUGACCCACCAGACAUCAACAUUCUCCCUGCAUACGGCAAAGAUCCACGUGUGGUCACAAACUUGAUUGAUGGCAUUAAUCAUACCCAGGAUGACAUGCAUCUUUGGCUCGCACCGUUCACCCCUGGUCGUAGCCACACCGUCUUCCUGGACUUUGGUGCUCCGUACCAGGUGGCCAUGAUCCGUGUGUGGAACUACAACAAGUCACGUAUUCACUCCUUCCGAGGGGUGAAGGAGGUGGAAAUGCUGUUGGAUGGGAGGUGCAUCUUCAGGGGCGAGAUUGCCAAGGCUUCUGGGACCCUGUCUGGAGAGUUGGACCAAUUUGGUGACACCAUCCUGUUCACUACUGAUGAUGAGAUCCUGGAGGCUAUGUCUCAUUAUGAUGAAACCUUCCUCAGUGAAGGUGAGGGUCCUGAGAGCCUGGCGGCGGAGGAGGAGCUGCAGAGGCCUUGCACCGCUGAUGGAGAGGGAGAGGAAAGACCCUUCACACAGGCUGGCUUCCGAGAAGAAGACCUCAAAUUAAAACUCCACCUCAACCCCACUGUGAAUCAGUCUGAGGACAACAUGGAGCUUGUUCCUGGGAUGUACACUGGAAAGUGCCUUAGACUAGAGCUGGUGUUGACUUGGGGCGACUCCCACUACAUGGGCCUGGCAGGUUUGGAGGUGGUGGGGAAGGACGGAGAGAGUUUACCUAUCGACCUCAGCAUGAUGGCGGCCUCUCCCGGGGACCUGAAUGACCUGCCCGAGUACGAAUGCGACCUGCGCACACUUGAUAAGCUUAUAGAUGGCCACAACAUUACCACUGAUGACCAGCACAUGUGGCUGAUCCCUUUCUCCUAUGGAGAGCCACACACCUUGAACAUGACAUUCAACAUUGCCCAGACUAUUGCUGGACUGCGUAUCUGGAACUACAACAAGUCCCCUGAGGACUCUUACAGAGGGGUGAAGGUGAUCCACGUGUUCAUGGACGAUGUUGCCAUCUCCCCACCGGAGGGAUUCCUGAUCAGGAAGGGACCCGGCAACAGUCACUUUGACUUUGCCCAGGAGAUCCUCUUCAUAGACUUCCUCCAGACGCCCACCAACAACAAGAGUGCAGAGGACUUCCACAAAGGACGCUCUAAGAAACAAGAACAGGCCAGCAUGGACUAUGAAGCUCCCAUCAUGCCUUGUGGAUUCAUCUUUCAGCUGCAGCUGUUGACAACCUGGGGAGACCCGUACUACAUCGGCCUCAACGGCCUUGAAUUUUAUGACCAAAACCACGAGAAGAUCAGUCUCAGUGACAACAACAUCGCUGCUUUUCCAGACAGUGUGAACGUACUGGACAAUGUGAGCGGUGAUGUGAGGACUCCGGAUAAAUUAAUAGAUGGAGUCAACAGUACCCACGAUGGGAGAUAUAUGUGGUUGGCCCCGAUGCUCCCUGGACUGGUGAACCGUGUGUAUGUUGUCUUCGAUCGGCCAGUGACGGUGUCCAUGAUCAAAUUGUGGAACUACUCAAAGACACCACAAAGGGGAGUAAAGGAGUUUGGGCUGUUGGUGGACGACCUCCUGGUGUAUAACGGCAUCUUGGACAGUGUAAGCCAUGUGGCGCGAGGCAUUCUGCCUACCUGUGAUCCAGUGGUGCCCUACCACACCAUCCUGUUCACAGACGAUGCCUACAUUGCACACCGUGAGAAGAACACCGUCAUCAGUAAUUAUGUGGAGGACCAGGAUGUGAAGAUGACCAAUGAGAAUCAGAUAGUCCAUCACAACAAGAAGAAGCAGACGGCAGAUCCAGGUCUUCGGCCUAAAACCUGCAUGACUGACGGUGGGAAACUUGGAAAGAGGAGGUACUGACAGAAAGAAAGCAGAACUGAAAGGGAGGAGGACCGACUGUUUGAGCCCACUUUUUAGUGGGUGACUUUUCACAACUUUUACUCGCAUUAAGACCCAAAGCAGCCAUGGAUUGCAAUGGUGGCUUGUCAGUGGCUCACAGGGCCCACACUGAAGAGAACAGCUUGCGUAGAUAACAGUGCACAAACACACAGACACACACACGCGCAGGAUUCCACUUUAUGGUUGGAUCCCUUCCCUUUCCCCACCCAGACACUUUUUCCUGAACCUGUACUGUCUGGCUGCCCCAGCUGUCCCUCCCACAGUGCCAGGAUAAACCUGCGAGGCUGCAUUUUAUCAGUCUAUUAUUGUGCCUAGUACUUAACACUAUAUUUGUGGCUGCUACUUGUGACUUUUGUGCUGCAUAUUUAAAUGCUGCUUGUGGUGUGCAAAUACUUAAAAAAUAAAAUAAUAAAAACAGAAGCUCCAAGGCCACAUGAAUACACUCUCGCAUCAGGAUGUGGCCAAUGUGACAGUUAUUAAUGAAUUGUAUCCACUGAUGAGCCUCGAUAAUCAGCUCUUUGCCUCAUGGGUGUGAGAACUGACUCACUCCCACCAGUACACCAACCAAUCGUAAUCCUAUGCAGACGAUUAUUUAUAUCUAUUAAUGAUUUAUAGCUGUUGGCUAAUAUAUUUAUAAGCCAAACGCUUUUACUUGGAAGUGCUUCCAAAGAGCUUUUCACAAUUGGGUCAGCAGAUUUUUUUCUGCUUAGCAUCAGGGUGAAAAAGAAAUUGUUUGCAAUCCAAGUGACCUUUGAUCAAAGUUGAUGUAUGCGGAAGAAUUUAAGGGGGCAAACAUUUCAUGAGCCAGUGAAGCUGUUUUUAGAAAUUUGGUUGGAAAUAGAAGUAAAUAAAUCUACAUUUGCCAAUUUAGAUUGUCAGUAGAUUCAGUAACAGGCAACUUAUAAUAUGCAAAUACUAUAACCUUACCUCAAAUCGAGAAUAAUUAUCUGUAAAAACAUUCAUCUGAUUCUACCUUCACUAUAUUACUUAUAGGUAGUUGGUGUUGUACUAUUCAUUCAUUCAAUAUUUACUGUACUAACUUGUUGCAUGGGGAAUUAGCUCUUAUCAUCUUAAAUUGGUAGACAUUUUUGUUUGGAGGAGUUUUUACUGCUUCAUUGAGCCCAAAUACAUUUCAUACAACUUACUCAUGAUGGGAGUAAUUGUAUAUGAAAUGCACUUUUAUGUAUUUUUAUUUCAGUCCAACAGCAACACUGGUCAUUAUUGCACUUGGUCCUGCUCUGUAGGGUUGGGGCUAUUAUUGUAUGUGUGACAUUUAAAUAUUCAUUUAUUUUUCUAAUCUUGAUUAAACAUGUAUAUUUGA